UCGGUCUAAACAGACGCUUUGAUCGUACUCUCCGGCGAUCGCAGUGGCUCUGUCGGGUUCUUCGAUCGUGAACAUUCCUCGUAACAGUGCAUCAUUCCCGGAAACGAAAACCGUAGCAGGAGGAUUACGCUAACAGAAACAAAAACCGAGGAUGAUUCAGUGGGAUCACUGUUAAAUGCGACGUUUUUUCUCGUGGACUCAGAAAUGCGUUGGUUUCGUGGCCACGCCGAGGCACCGAGACUCUUAAGCCUAAGUCCUCUUCAAGCCGAUGAAGACCUUGACGGAGCAUCUUACCACUUUCAUGCCGCGUCUCAGUACAGAGACAUGUCCCCGGUGCGAUGGGCACGCAGAAAAUCGUCGAGCUCCGAGUCAGAGAGGAACUGUUACAACGUGCAGACGUCGCAAGUGACGACCGAGCGGAGUCCCGCUAAGAAAGACAAGAAGAGGAUUCAGGAGGAGAGGCGACGGAUCGGUGAGAAACGGAACCCGAUCCUGGACCGGGUGAGGAACACCCGACUGAGCUUCUUCAAGGACAGAGACUCCGACGACGAGGACCAGGAGGAGGACGAGGACCCGGAUAAGCUACAGUUUCGAUCCAUGUGCGAGCUAAAUCGCGGUAUGACGAGGAACGAGUUCCGCAGAUCGGUCUGCGAGACCGACUUGAAGGAGAUCAUAGAGGAGGAGAAGACGCAGGCCAAGAGGAAACGACGCUCGAAGUCUCAGAGCCGUCUGCCACACCGGAAGCAGCAAGAGGAGCGUUUCUCCAUCCUGGGUUUCCGUCCAUCCCCCGAUCAGAGGUCCCCAGGGCCGCUGAAAAGGACCAUCGUCGAGGAAAACGCGAACCACUACUGCCGCAGAUGGCGCAAGAGCAAGGAGUUCGUUCAGAAUCACGGAAGAUCGAUCGAUCGCGAUCAGGAGGUGUCCACGGAUGAUCCAGCGUACAAAGACGGCGCGCAGUUCGACAGCAUAACGCCGUCCAGCUGUCUGGCCGCCAAGUUCCGGGCGAUGCAGGACAGGUACCUGAAGAGCUCUACCAGCAAGCUGAUCGCGAAGAUCUACAAGAAGGAGGGCAAGGACAGGGAAAAAAGAAGACUGAGGAGCUUCUCGUACGGGACGCUGCCAGGCCUAGAGGAGCUCCGCACGAAUCCUCUGUACGAGGAACAGGAUCAGGACGACAACGACUCCGGUAUCCUGGACAACGACUCCGCGACCAGCUCGCUUCUAGACGACAGAUGCAGCAGCAGCGCUUCCGGCUUGCUGACCGGCUUGAACGACGCGUCUUUGAAUUCACCGCCGCUGCUGCCACCGCGCAAGUCCUCCUCGUCCUCCAUCGUGGACGUGGAGAGAACUGCCAGGCUGUUCUCAAGCUUGGACGUCUAUUGCGGCAGAAACGAGGGCAGAGGUUGCAGGAGGAUCGAGGUCUGCCAGGCUGCUGAUAGAGAGGAGUCCAAGACGCCAGAGAGCAAGGAGUCGUUGAGCGCCAGGUUGCCAGUGAUCAGGAACAGGCCGUACACCACCGAGACGAUGGUCGUCAAGCUGCCCAGGGAGAGCUCCGAUCAGUGUUUGGGGAUUUUCAUCGCGAAAACCGCGGAAUCGAGCCCUGGCUACCUGGUGGCGCACGUGGUGCCUAAUGGACUCGCGGAUAAAGAGGGUACACUGAGGAUCGGUGACGAAAUUCUGAUCGUUAAUGGCAAGAGGCUGCGGGGACUGAGCAUGGCCGAGGCAAGGAAGAUCCUUGGGAGCGGAAGCGGGUCUGGGAACGUGGAUAUCGUCGUCUCCAGGUACUCUGCUCUGGAUCAGUCCCCCAAGAAGCUCACGGAGAGCAGCGUCGAUUACGAAAACGUGAACGUGGACAACGGGCAUGGGGUUAUCGUCGAGAAUUCGCCCAGAUCGCGUUUCACGAAGCAUCAGUCGAGGCAUCAUCGCGACAGGAAGAACGAGUGCAACAGGUCCAUGUCCUCCGACAAGUCUGGCGUUAAUAUGGACAACAGUAGCUCCCAGAGCGUUUCGAACUUUUGCACUCUGCCCAGGAGACCGAGGAGCACCGUCUCGACCUUUCUAACUGUCGUCUUUCAAAAGGGUCCUGGAAAGAAGUCGCUGGGAUUCACCAUUGUGGGCGGAAGCGACAGUCCUAAGGGAAGCAUCGGAAUCUUUAUAAAAUCGGUGUUGCCAGGAGGGCAAGCCGCGGAAGAUGGCCGCUUGCGCGCAGGCGACGAGAUUCUGGCAGUGAAUGGCCACGUCUGUCACGACUUGACUCACAGAAAGGCUGUUCAGCUUUUCCGCAAUAUCAAAACUGGACCAAUCGCCUUGCACCUUUGUCGACGCGUCAAAAACAAAGAACUGCAGGCAACCAAGGCCAAGUCGUGCGCAGACCUUUUACUCGUCGACGCAUAACAUUGUACAAGAUUUGUAAAAAGAAAAGAAGCGUCCCGUGACCUCUGUAAAAAAAUAAAUGCGGGGCCUCUGUACAUACUUGUAAAUUUUGUAAAGUAUUCUUGGUAAUAAAAUUAUUAUUUAAUAACUUUUCCAACGUGGUGUGAUUCGCCUGAUACCUUCGCAAAGCAGAUCCUCGAAAGCACCUUAAAAGUACGGUCCUCUUUAUUGUCCUCUAUAAUAAAAAAAUUCGCAAUA